AAAAACCUAGAAAAGUAUAUAUAUUGGUGGUUUGAGCCACAGAGUUGCGAAAAGGGAAACAAAACAAAACAGAUCGAGUUUCUUCGCUAACUACCUUUCUCUGCAAUUCAUCUAACCCUACCUAGCUAUUAGCUAUUCGCUUCUUUACACAAUCUCUAUCUCUUCGAUUUUCUAAUCCCUUUCAUUUUUCAAAGUUCAUUUUGCAGGUUACUCUAAUGGGGAAAUCUUCUACUUCACUCAAACACAAACAUUCCAAAAAUUCCUCAAAGUCUAAGUCAAGCAGUAAAAGUAAGAGUAGGAAACAUAAAUCUAAGAAGGUUCGUCGCUGUGAGGUUUCUCUUUCUAGUUCAGACUAUGAUGAUUCCAAAAGCUUGGAUACAUCGUUGUCCUCUAGUUCUGAAGAUAGGUCUAAAAGAAAAAGGGACCGGUCUCGCACAAGAAAAGAUGUGAAAAGUCGUAAGAAGAGGGCUCGGAGACGUUCAAGCAGCCGUGACAGCAGCGAGGACUCUGUCUAUGCUAAGAAAAGAAAAAAGUUGAAGAGGAAAAACAAGUAUGAUGAGAGGAAGGAGAAAUCGCGUAGGAAGAAAAGGGUUAAGAGAGAAGCAAGUGUUAGUUCCAAAAGCAGCGAGUCACGAAGCUGCUCACCGUGUCUGGGUGGGGUUGAUGGCAAUGAUAACAUUGAAUACGAGAGCUCCAGGGGAAGAACGGAAAGAAAGGAGAAAGACAAAAGAAGAUCGAGGGGAAGAAGUGGAAGUGAAAAGAGUGGUAGAUAUAGGCCUAGAAGUUGUUCACCUUGCGGUAGUCCCCGUGGUGAAUGUAGUUAUGAAGGGACUGAAGACAAAUAUGUGUCCGAGAACAAAUCUAGGAGGCUCCGAUCAGUUAUCACUGUUGCAAAAGAGGAGGAUGAAUCUAGGGAAUUGUCUAUAAAUGAAACAAAAGAGGAGAUUGUAGAUGAUCUUGAUUACCCUUGUAGAAGUAAUGACAGUAACGAUGGGGGAACAAAGAGGGAGACGGAUGAUCAUACACAUCCUGCAGAUCAUACACAUCCUGCACCAGAAGAGGUAUCAAGACCUGAGGAUGAGACAGAAGAUAUGAAUGCUGAUGUUAACUUCACAGAGCCCAACCGUAGAGAUAUGAGUAGCCUUAAAGUUUCUAGUGUUAGGACAAAUGAAUCUAUAAAGAACGAAACAAGUGAUACUUCUGGUGCUAAUCUGAAUGAUGUUGAUUUGGAGUCAAUUCUAAGACAAAGAGCGUUAGAAAACUUAAGAAAAUUCCGAGGUCAAGUUCAGUCUGCUGCAAAAGCUUCUGAACAGAAAAAUAAAAUUGUCAGCCAAGUGAAGCAACCAGUAUCUGAUAAAGAGGAACUGGUUCAAGAUAAACCUAAUAUCAGUGAUGUUGCUAUAGCGACAAAAUCUGGUAAGCAAACACUUGUAGAAGAAACUAGUUUGCCUGUUGGGAGGAGAAAUUUAGUAGCUUCUCCAAGAAACAGUGGAAGGAAUUUGAACGUGGACAAAAACAUAUCUGGUUCUGCUAAGAUUCAAAUAGCUUGUGCACCAGAAAAGGUGAUUGAUGCAGACAACCAAAGCAAAGUAGUCACUGAAUCCACUAAUACCAUUAAGGGCAAUUUGGAUUCAACCCCAUCAGAAUCUUGCCAUGAUUCACUUCAAAGUCGCUCAUCUCUAAAGCGAUCAACCGUGUCUGGACUUCCUCAUGAAAAGUUGGUCUUAGCAGAAAGUAUUAAAAAUAAAGGUAGCAAUGAUAAUGUCAAAGACAUUAGAGGAAUGCCUUCUGCUGGGGGUAAACCUUCUAUUGCUGGAACUACAUCUUCUAUUGAUGGACCUACAUUUAAGCAUAACAACUUGGAUAAAGGGCAAGACGGUGCCAGUGAUCACUCUCAGUUUCAAUCAAAGCAAACAUCUGAUUUGCGGGAACCUUCCUAUGCAAAAUUGCCGGUGAGUGAGGCUGAUGAAGAAAGGAAUGUGGCUAAGACUGCCCAAUCUUCCAUCCAGAUUAUUAAUAGCAGUGGCAGAGAGGUUGACGGGUCACAUGAUGCUGCUACCCUCGAAUCAGGCUUUAAAAGUUCAUCAGUAGAGAAUAUUUCAGGCAAAGCACAAGAUGAAUCCAACCAGGGAUCACAGUUUGAGCAGAAAACAAUGACUGUGAUGCGGGGUGGUGAAUUGGUACAGGUUAGCUACAAGGUCUAUAUCCCUAAGAAAACCCCCGCUUUGGCUAGAAGGCAACUUAAGCGAUGAUCUUAUCCGAUGAAACUUAUGAAGAGGUUAUUUGUGGUUUCGUACAUGUAUGAACUCUUAAGCUACAUCAAUUUUCUAUUAGCUGUAUUUCAUUUAGGUAGACAUUGUACGGUAAGGUGAAAGUAAUCUGUCACACGAAUAAUGGUGCACCCAUGGCAACACAAAGAAGAGUUGAAGACCCUUCAAUGUUUUCUGGCGGAACAUGAAAACCUUGUGUAAGUCUACUUUUUGUGUUGCUCCACUUGGAAUUUUGAGUUGCAUGCAGUCAUACAAUCUCGGGUUGAGGAUUUGGACUAUUCGAUCAAGAUCGGAUGGUUCUCGUUUUGAUUUUGUGUAUUAAACAUGUUUUGAUUCUGUGUAUUAAACUCAUUCUGCAAAGUUGGAAUUUCCUCAUAGCUAAUAGUUCACAGGUCAUGAUUAACUUCAAGGUUUA